UGGGAAGGGGAGGCCAUUGUGAAAUAAGAAAGCUGGUAAGGGGACAGGUGUCUGCCUUCUGCCUCUGGGGGACAUGCACGGGGCCACGCUCCAAAAGCUUGCCCCUCGCACCUUGGUCUGCCGCUUCCCCGGGACCCUUCCCGUCUCUUCCUUCUGCCCUGGCCAUCCUGUUCUUUCUCAGCUAGCCAGCCCACUGGGGAGCAAUCAGAUAAACGUAUGGCUGAGGAAACCGCAUAGUGCCUAAGAAACCGAAAUAACAUGCACUAAACCACAUUGAAAGACUCUGAAAUACCUCAGUGCCGGAGACCUUCAGAGAGAGGAGCGAGCCCUGACUGCCUUUGCCCUGCUCACAGUUAAGGAGCCGUCCCGCCCCCUCCUGAGAAAAGGCCCAUGGAUACAGUACGGAUUGCAGUUGUGGGGGCUGGCGUGAUGGGGCUUUCUACUGCUGUGUGCAUUUCCAAAAUGGUCCCAGGAUGCUCCAUUACAGUCAUUUCAGACAAAUUCACUCCUGAGACCACGAGUGAUGUGGCAGCCGGAAUGCUUAUUCCUCCUACUUAUCCAGACACACCAAUUCAGAAGCAGAAGCAGUGGUUCAAAGAGACCUUUGAUCACCUGUUUGCAAUAGUCAAUUCUACAGAAGCUGAAGAUGCUGGUGUUAUUCUGGUGUCUGGUUGGCAGAUAUUUCGGAGUAUUCCUACUGAAGAAGUGCCAUACUGGGCUGACGUGGUGCUAGGAUUUCGAAAGAUGACCAAGGAUGAGCUGAAGAAAUUCCCCCAACAUGUGUUUGGUCAUGCUUUUACAACACUCAAAUGUGAAGGCCCUGCCUACCUCCCAUGGUUGCAGAAAAGGGUGAGUUGGCAAGCUGGAGACCCAGGAGAGCCAAUGCCAUAUGGUUCCAGUCUGAAGGCUGGCAAACACUGGACCCAGGAAAAGCCAAUGUUUCAACCUGAGUCUGAAGACAGGAAAAAGCUGACAUUCCAGCCUGAAUGCAGUCCAGCAGAAGGAAGGGUAAAAGGAAGCGGGGGCCUGAUACUCACCCGACAAAUAGAAGACCUGUGGGAACUUCACCCGUCCUUCGACAUCGUGGUCAACUGUUCAGGCCUUGGAAGCAGGCAGCUUGCAGGAGACUCAGAGAUUUUCCCAGUGAGGGGCCAAGUACUCAAAGUGCAGGCUCCCUGGGUGAAGCACUUUAUCCGAGAUAGCAGUGGGCUGACAUAUAUUUACCCCGGUGUAUCCAAUGUAACCCUGGGUGGCACUAGGCAAAAAGGAGACUGGAAUUUGUCCCCAGAUGCAGAAAUUAGCAAAGAGAUUCUUUCCCGAUGCUGUGCCCUCGAGCCCUCUCUCCGUGGAGCCUAUGACCUAAGAGAGAAAGUGGGUUUGAGGCCCUCUAGGCCAGGCGUACGGCUGGAGAAAGAGCUAUUAGCCCAGGGCAGCAGGAGGCUACCUGUGGUCCAUAACUAUGGCCAUGGCAGUGGGGGCAUCGCCAUGCACUGGGGCACUGCUCUGGAGGCCACCAGGCUGGUGAACGAGUGUGUCCAAGUUCUUAGGACUCCUGCUCCCAAAUCAAAGCUGUAGGUGACCCGAAAUGAUAGCAAAUGGCCCCAGAAUCUAUUAAUCAAAAUGUAACUUAAGUACCAGAAGAGAUUCAAGUAACUUUUCUGUUGAAUGAAAGUUUAAUUGGACUUGAUUUUGUUUUCAAAAUUAGCAUUGAUGCAAUAGGUAUCAGUAGACUUAAACCUACUACUGAUCUAACUUAGUACUAGUUAGUACUAGCCCUAAUGACAUAAUGCCCUAAUGACAUAGGGCAUUAAGCUCUAUUUUUGUUAAAAAAAAAAAAACUUGCUAGAAAGAUUUCUUUUAGAUCUCAGGUCCAAGGAUCUAUGCUAAUUCACAUGGAUGCAAGAAUUUUGAUAUAUUAUUUUGGCUUAUAAAUCCACAGGAGGAGAUAAUGUAUGGAAAACACUUAACUCACUGUCAUUUGCAGAGCUGCCUGUGAUGCUCAUAGGUUGUAGUCAAGUGAACACUAUAAUCCUUUAAAAUUACAUGGCAAUAUACAAUUCAGGCUCAUUCCAUUUAGUGGAAGACAAAGGAUGAUUCCUGCUAGUAUUAAUGGCAACCUCUACUUCCCCUCAGCUGGCAGAUGGUAGAAGAUAGAGAUGAUGUGUUGCUUACAGGUGUGGCAUCAACUCAAUUGCUGUCUGGGGUCAGCCACCUAAGGGGCGUACUUUCCAUUACCACAAAUGAUUGAGAGGUGGCUCGUUGGCUGGUUGACUUUGCCUAAGCAUUUUUGAAGAUUGAAUUUCAUGUGCGGCCAAAGAGCUAAUUUGCUAAUUAAGAUGGAACAAUCACUCUGAAUGAAAUAUAACCAAGGAGUUUUCUGCAAGUUGUUAAAAAGUACUGGGAAGGGGGAACGCAGGUGAAAAAAAAAAAAAAAAGUACUGGGAAGGAGUGGGAGUAUGUCUCAUGACACAAUGAUUUUGGAAUUACUGAAUUAAUAAAUCUAGUCUGGAUUCUUGACUUGGUCUUUAAUCUGUUCACGUGUGUUGUGAAUACUCAUGAGGGUUUUUGGCUGAGUGAAUGAAAAAGGAGAUGCUAUUCAUUAAGAUAAGGAAGCUUAGGAAAAAUAUAUGAAAAUUUUUUUUAAUGAGAAUAGUACAUUUUAUUUGUUUUUUAACAUUGGAGAAUCUCUAAGUUUGACUAUAUCUAAUUUAAAUAUAGGACCUAAAUAGUUGUAAUAAGAUGUAAUGUGUAUGGUGUUUAUGCUAUAGUUAUUGUCAAAAAGGUGUAUGAAAAGUGUAUACAUGAGGAUCAAAAAAUAUAUGUAAUUCUAAUUUUAAUUUUGGGAGUAUAUUUCUCAUGUUUAGUAACAAUAAGUUCUAUUUUAGACAUCUUGGGGGGAGUGUGGGGUUGGCAAACAGAAUGGGAAAGAGCCUCCGGCACAGCUCCAUUCCUGUUGUUUUGUUCAUUGAACUUUUGUAUGUGAUUUUGUGUGUGGGGAAAAAAAAAAAACAAACCUGUGCUGGAA